AAAACCAAUGAAGCAAAAUAGAACAGAUAUCCCAUUUUCCCACCACCACCCUUCUUACCAAACACAAAUUCACACAUCCCUUUAUAUAAACUUUAUAAACCCACACACCAAAAUACUAUUUUCUAAUUAUAAUUAAUUCAAAUUAAAUAAUAUGGACCUAGUCCAGCUCACACUCUCCACCGCCCUCUUCCUCCUCUCCGCCGCCUUCCUCCACACAAUCCUCACCGCCGCAAAGCGCCGCCGCCGCCUCUCCUACCCACCGGGCCCACUCGCCCUCCCCAUCAUCGGCCACCUCCACCUCCUCGGCCCGCGCCUCCACCAAACCUUCCACGACCUCUCCCUCCGCCACGGGCCCUUAGUCCAGCUCCGCCUCGGCUCCGUCGCGUGCGUGGUGGCGUCCACGCCGGAGCUCGCCAAGGAGUGCCUGAAGACCCACGAGCUCGUCUUCUCCUCCCGGAAACACUCCACCGCCAUCGACAUCGUCACCUACGACUCGUCGUUCGCCUUCUCGCCGUACGGGCCGUACUGGAAGUACAUCAAGAAGCUCUGCACGUACGAGCUCCUCGGCGCCAGGAACCUCCUCCACUUCCGGCCGAUCAGGACACUUGAGGUGAACAGCUUCGUCGGAGAUCUGAUGGCCAAGGCGGAGUCCGGCGAGGCGUUCAACGUCACGGAGGAGCUGGUCAAGCUGACCAGCAACGUCAUCUCCCACAUGAUGCUCGGGAUCCGGUGCUCCGGCACCGACGGCGACGCCGAGGCGGCGAGGACGGUCAUCCGGGAGGUGACGCAGAUAUUCGGCGAGUUUGACGUGGCGGAUAUUAUCUGGUUCUGUAAGAACUUUGAUUUCCAGGGGAUUAGGAAGAGGUCCGAGGAUAUUCAGAGGAGGUACGAUGCCUUGCUGGAGAAGAUUAUCACCGACAGGGAGGAGCUGCGGCGGAACCACGGCGGCGCCGCCGGGGAAGCUAGGGAUUUUCUCGACAUGUUUCUGGAUAUUAUGGAAGGUGGGAAAUCCGAGGUUACAUUCACUAGAGAACAUCUCAAAGCUCUCAUUUUGGAUUUCUUCACCGCCGGCACCGACACAACCGCAAUCACGGCGGAAUGGGCGAUAUCGGAGCUAAUCAACAACCCAAAAGUACUCCACAAAGCCCAACAAGAGAUCGACAGAGUCAUCGGCUCCGAUCGGCUGGUGCAGGAAUCCGACGCCGCCGAUCUCCCUUACCUAAUGGCAAUCAUCAAGGAGACUUUCCGCCUCCACCCUCCGAUCCCGAUGCUCGCCAGAAAAUCAAUCUCCGACUGCGUGAUCGACGGCUACGAUGUCCCCUCAAACAGCCUCCUCUUCGUCAACCUCUGGUCAAUGGGCCGGAACCCUAAGAUCUGGGUGAAUCCGCUGGAGUUUCUGCCCGAGAGAUUCCUCCAGAAGGAGAAUUCCGCCAUUGAUAUUAAAGGGCAGCAUUUUGAGCUUCUGCCCUUUGGUACGGGCAGGAGGGGCUGCCCGGGGAUGCUGUUGGGCAUACAGGAGGUGAUUAUUAUUAUUGGGACUAUGAUUCAGUGCUUCGAUUGGAUACUCCCCGACGGGUCGGGUCGGGUCGAUAUGACGGAGCGACCCGGGUUGACUGCCCCGCGGGCCCAUGACCUGUUUUGCCGUGUUGCUCCGAGAAUUGACCCGGUUGCGAUUUCGGCCCAUAUUUGAUUUGUUUUUGAGCUAUAAUUAGUUUUUUUUUUAAUGCUGGGUAUGGAUUAAUUAAUAUUUGUGUCUUUGAUCUUAAAUGAAUGAGUAUGUGUGAUUACAAUUCCAUAAACAUGUUGAUUUGUUUUGUUUUUCUGAGAAAUGCAACUUAAUGCUUGAAUAAUUGAAAGUCAUUUUUAUC